GAAAGUCCAAAACGGAAACCCUCCACCCUCUCGCCUCGGUCGACACUUCUGUUGAACUUUUUAAGGGGACUGAAAUGUUCCUUGCUUUCCACGGGAGGCAUGAGCAGUCCCAGUGUGACGAGAGACCCCGGAGACAAGUCAGAAGGGCUGAGCUCAGUCGAGAAGAGGGAAUCAGCUUGGACUCCAGCUGCAUGAAUCCUACAUUUAGCCCGAUCGAGCCAGGUGUUGUUUGAGGCAGUGUGUGCUGAAGGGCCCUGCACCUGAAAGAUGACUCAGUCAGUGCAAGUUAACCCAAAGCUGCCUGAUUUGGCCUCUCCAUUUCUCUACCCCAGUCAAGAGGAAGUUGACCAGCCGGCAUCUUACUCUGUCCAAACGCCAUAUGGUUUCCAGCUUGAUUUGGACUUCCUCAAAUAUGUGGAAGAGAUAGAAAGUGGACAUAAUAUUCGCAGGGCAGCUGUCACAUCUCGUCGUUCCGGACGGGGGCUGAAAACCUCUCAGAGAUGUGUGGGGGGGCGCACAAGUGGAUGGACUUCCACAGAGUCUCUUGCCUCUCCUGCUAGUGAGGAUGGCAGGGUGCCUCCCCUGCCGCCGCCAAGAAACCGCCUUGGCUCUGCACCGUGUGAAGGGUCCCCUGUGACCCUCCUCAGUGUCCCCCCACUGUCUGCCGGAGCCAAAGUACCACCCCCUCCACCACAACGCAACCCUAGAGUUGAGCGAACUCUUCUGGAAACUAGCCGGCGACUACAGCAGGAACAAAGCCACCACAAUGGUGGGCGAUUCCAGCUUGCAGAUCCUCCCAAGCAGGUGUCAACCUCUGCAUCGGCUCAGCCUCUGCAAAGCAGCUGGUUUAAACCUAGUCCUCAAACCUCUGGACUCAACACUCCUGCUACAGGCACUACAGUGACUCCAGUCCCCCCCAGCCAACUGCAGACAGUUAGAGAGCAGAUGGCUACAGCCUUGAAACAACUGAAGGAGAUGGAGGAAAGAGUAAAGGGUGUUCCAGCUCUUGAAAAAGAGGUGGCUGAGCUUCGUGCUGAGAAAGACAUGCUGUUGUUAGCACUUCAGGAGAAGAAAGCAACCGUGGAUGUGAUCCCUCAGCCACACAAACAGUCAGUAGAAUCCUCUACCCAGACCACAGAGACUUCCCAAUCCAGCCCUAAUAUCCAGAGUCGAUUAAGUUCCCCAGCAUCACCUGAUCACAGAGGCCAUGGAAAAUCUAGGGAACUGAAGAAGCUUGCUGAGAAAUUUGAGGGGAAAGAGGAUUGUGUUGCAGAACUUCCAUCCAAAAUUGUUUUGAAGGCUACUAGGAAGCUGUCUGUUGACAAGAAAUCCGUAGCUGUGGGUGAUGAUCAGCCCAUAGACUCAGUUGUUUUCUAUUACAGCCACAGUGUGAAAGAUGCCGCUGUGGGAACCGAGCUCCGUGUUUGUGAGAAGGGCACAGGAACUGAAAACCCUGUGUUCCGUGAGGAAGGAACACAGGUCAGAGCAGAGACAGGAGAGGCUGGGGUUUGGGUUAUGGAGUCACUACUUGGGCUGACAUCUGAGGCUCAGCGUGAGAUGGACACCUUACAGGACACCAUUAAAUUCCAGCAAGAGUCUAUUACGAGUCUAGAGAGCCAGCUGAGCGUGGCAGACAAAGAUCUCGGAACACUCCGAGCACAGAUUGAGGAGAUAGCCUUAAAAGUCACGCUUGAGAAGGGAGUUCUUGCCAAACCGGAUGCCAAGGAUGCCCAGACCGAGACUACAUUCUCGACCCUAAAAGAUGCUGCGGUUUUGUGCUGCCCAGUUGUGAUGGAUGUAUGUGUAGGUAACAGCUUUCCAGCUGACCUGAUUGAGCAAGGUGCCCAAACUGAUGCUAGAACAACACCAGACGAACCAGUAUCGGUUGCAAUGGCCACCAUUGGUUGCCAGUACGAAAACAUGCUUGAUGACAAGACUGAAGAUGAGAACGUUACUGUGCUCAAGAAGAGACAGUUAACCAUAAAUGAUUAUAUCUUUCCAGAGGAGGCAGUUAGUAUGUCUGAGGAGAAGAGCCAAGACGCCAUAAUGACACCCAGCAACAUCAAGACGGGUAUGCUGAAAUCAAUCAUGAAGAGGAAAGAUGGCAACGGUGCAGGUGAAAAUCGCACACCAGGCAAGAAGAGCCUGCAGUUCGUUGGCAUUUUAAACGGAGGGUAUGAAUCGACAUCCAGUGAAGAAGAGGAAGAUGAAGAGGAGGGGGAAGAGGGAGCCUCCUCUGAAGAAAGUGGAGAGGGGGACUGCUUAGACAGCACGGAGGAGGAUGAAGUGGAUCUGGAGGAAGAAACGUCAGAGGAGGAAAGAAAGGUCAACAUGGAUGAGAGCGACACUGAUGAGGAAAUUCUGAGAGCAUCAAAUGGGUCAUCUGAUGACAUCAAAGAGAAGUUUGAACUGAGCUCCAAAAUGCGUGAAGCUUGCUUAAUUCUCAAGAAUCACCUCAAUGAUGACAUCCAAACACUGAAGAGUAAGGAAGUGCUCGGCAGCACUCACACGGUCCAGCUCGAGUGGUUCCGCGUGUCCAGCGCCAAAAUGGCUCAGCCUUCACGUGUGUCCGACUACCUGAUGGCGUUCUCGGAGGUGUCCGCGCUGCUGCUGGAGCACAUCGUCAACAUGAGCGAUGGCAACGGCAACACCGCUCUUCACUACAGCGUCUCACACUCCAACUUUGGUGUUGUGGACCUGCUGCUGGACACACACAUGUGCUGCGUGGACAAGCAGAACAAGGCGGGCUACACGGCCAUCAUGUUGGCUGCUCUGUCCACCGUGAAGGAGGACGAUGACGACAUGUCCGUCGUCAAGAAGCUCUUCAGCAAGGGCAACGUCAACGCCAAGGCCAGCCAGGCAUGUCAGACGGCGCUGAUGCUUGCUGUGAGUCACGGCCGUCAGGAGAUGGUGGAGGCGCUCCUGGAAUGCGGCGGUGAUGUCAACGUGCAGGACGACGAAGGCUCCACAGCGCUGAUGUGCGCCAGCGAACACGGCCGAGCUGAGAUUGUCAAACUUCUUUUGGAGCAACCUGGUUGUGAUAUCGCCAUCGUUGAUAAUGAUGGCAGCAAUGCUCUCUCCAUUGCGCUGGAGGCAUCUCACAACGACACUGCUGUGCUACUCUACGCCCAUAUGAACUAUGCCAAAACUCAAUGUGCUGUGGGAAGUCCGAAGACUCCGAGGAGCCCGACCAGCGGCCACAAGCCAUGGCCGGCAGAGUAACAUGGCGACAACAGAAAAGCAACGCUAACUGAAUCUGGGCUGUGAAAAGCUCCACUGGAAUUGACUGAAGUCUCAAUGUAUUUAUAUCUUGUAAUAUGCCCUGCAUUUAAAGUAUUGUUAAUAUGAGAAUAUUAUUUUUUCAUAAAGAUUAUGAAAGGUUAUAUUAUGUCCUUGACUAAUGAGCUUCUUGCAUGUCAGUUACAGGAGAUUGUAUUAUUUGCACUCCACUAACAUUUUAUACUCGAUGUAUGAGCGGCAACUUUAACACUACCGUUUUUAAGUUCAAGACUGUUAAAAAACUCAAGAAGAAACUACAAUUCCCUGAGAAAGUUCAUGAGAAUGCAACAAGAUUAGCAAUCGCUAAGCAGAAAUACCACUGAAUACAUCACAGUACUUCAAAGCAGUUCCCAGAUGGUAUGUACUGUACGUACAGUAUGCAUGAUGCCUUAAAAAUCUACUGUAUAGGUUUGCGAUAAAUGACGAUAGCCAGCGUAGCCAAUAAAUACAGGUACAUAUACAUGCACUUCCGAUAACGUUGCAGUUUGGUGACGUCAGAUGCCUUCAUCUCGGUUAAGUCGGGUUAUAGUGUUUUGCCCUGAGUAAGUGUUUUAAGUGCAGGUCAAAAGAUGUCCAAGAUUUCAGGAAGUCAGCAUGUGUGAUUAUGAACAAAACAGGAAUCAAACAAAAAAUAAAAGUUGAUAUUUUUUGCGUACGUACAACAGUUUAAAGUGUGAACGUUUGUCUCAGCAUUCACAUUAACUAUCUAAGCCCCUUUGUUUGUUUGUUUUUUUUACUCAAAUGUGUUUUAAAUCAAGUUUGUGGCAUUUUGCUUAACAUUUUGGAGAAGGGUUGAUCUUAGUAAUAUAAAAUGGUUGUUUUUUUUUUUUUUUAAAUUGCACACAGGAAAAAAGCAAACUACUGGCCUAGCUUCUGUGUAGAUGGGAAUAUGGGAAAGUGUUGGCUGUCGAUAUUCCGUAUGUGACCUGUGAUGGACUGGGAUGGGCUCCAGCUCCCUGUGAUCCUGGACAGGGAAAGAGGCGUAGAAAAAAAAAUGAUUUUGCUCUGACACAUUUUGUUGAAGUGUCAACAUUAAAUUGUUGGGAUGUCAUUAUUUUUUUGCAAAUGUCACACCUAUGAUCCAAGUUUCAUAAACUUAGUUACCUGUGCUGAUUUAGUCUUUCCUGCCAUGAUGUGUGAACAUUCUCAGCUUCACCGUCUGCACUCUCUAUAUGUUGGGAUUCCUAAAUAAAACAAUAUACAGUAUAUAAACAAUGUAUAUCUCUGUUGAAAAUAAAGUUCCAAAAGUUUUUGCAAA